UAAGAAGCAUUGAGCUCUGAAACACAAAUUUACUGUGAUCAUUGCUCCCAAGAUCUUGGAAAUUGUCUAUCUUUAUCAAAUAGAUAAAAUACUAAAAGACAAACUUCUGGUCAUUCAAGGCAACUUAAGUCACUUUGUCACUGAUUUCGGCAAAAACCGUGUGGCUGAGGAGAUUUUAACAAUCUCGUCUCCGUCUUCAGAGUUUCAACACUGCUUUCCUUGAAGUAUUGAAAUAUCCUGAAAAAAAUGGGUGCCAAGGUUUCAGUCAAGAAUGAAACUCCUUAUGGCUGGUACUUUUCCACCCAAGACAGAGGGUAUGAAUACGUCUAUCCUCGCAGCACAAAAUCAUUUGAGGAGAAAAAGCUAGUCCAUCGUUACAUCUACAUCAGAUAUGAAAAUCAUGGAUGGAAUAGUUUUAGUUAUGAGUAUAACACCCAUAAAGGGGACACCUCUUUCAUCUUAAGGGAAACCUAUGACCGUUCCCAGAUUCAGUUGCACUGCACCUCUGAGGGAGGCACUAAAUACUGUCCCAACUACGGAAAAAAUGAAGAAGAUGAACGACAGAGACGGCAAGAGGAGGAAAGACGACGCCUGGAACGUUUACAACGUGAGCAAAGAAUUCAACAGGAGCUGGAGAGAGAAAGUGAAUCGUCAAGACUCAAGCUUUCUCGAGCAACCGAGCGGCUUCGUGAAAAGCAGAGCUUCAGAGGUCUUAACCAACAUCAAAAACGCUCUCAGGUGCUUCAUCAGCAAAUAGAAGAUGAUGCUGCAGCGAUCGAGAGGGACGAGGUUAUUGAUGUUGAAGAAAAAUUCAAAGAGCUUUUGUUAAAGUACCAGAUCAAAGAAGACAAUGAGAUACAAAACUACCAGAUUUGGGACAGGAUUAAGACGCUCCAGAAUGAACUUACAGUUCAAUAUUGUACAGAAAACAACCUUCCAGUAUGGUCUCAGUUAACCUUUGAUAAUGCUGUUGGAUAUAAUGAACUGUCUCUUACUGAGAUGCUCACAGUUCUUGAGGCAUCUCUUCAGUUCAUUCUGCAUAGUAGCACUGAAGAUGCUAAAGAUGAUGGAGAUCAGCCACUUGGCUUGGAGAAGAAGUACAACUUUCUCUUGGGUUUAGUGGAGCAGCUUCAUGCCACAAAUGCAACUUUGGCAAAACGUAUUUUACUAAAUGUACUUGACAUGAUUUCAGAGCUUUCACCACAAGGUAGAGAUAUUUUGGGUCAGAUGUUGUUCAACAGAAUCUGGACACCAACAGAAAUAAUGCUCUUUCUUUGCAAAAGUCCAGCCAUCAAAUGUGAUCAACUCGAUUCAGUUCUCCACACAGCACUCACCUAUCAUCUGGACUGCGUCCUCGUUCUCUCUGCCCUUACGUAUGAAACCCCUUUAAUGUUUCUUGAAGAACAAAUAAAAAGCGUCAAGGAAAAAGAUGCUGAUACAAUUGUGAAAGAACUUCGUGAAGCGAACUGCCCAGAGAAAUUAUUGGUGCUGUUAAAGGAUGUGCUUAGAUACAUGGAGUCAGAACUUCCCAAAUAUCAACUGGUGGACCUCACAAAGGAGCAAAUCAAUGAUUUGAAAAAGAAAAUAUCAUCUCUUGAUCUUACAAACCCAGAUAUUAACACUCUAAAAGAGGUAUUGAUUGGAAUGUCAAUAGCAGUGCAAGACUGCUCAACAAUCAUCACACAAGACAACACAAAGAUUCAAGGCUAUUUUCCGAGACGUACACAACUAGCAUCAUUGCUUUUGCUCCUCCUAGCACAGCUGACAGGAAAUAAAGGAUGUCUUCUGGAGAUUGGCACAGGUGAGGGCAAAUCCUGUAUCUUAGCCAUGUUUGCAACAAUUCUGGCCAUUCGUGGAACCAAAGUGGACAUUGUGACAAGCUCUCCGGUUCUCGCCCAACGUGACCAAGAAGAGUGGAAAAAGUUUUUCAAUAUGUUUGGUGUCACUUCAUCUGUAGUACCUCCACGUUCCUCAAGUGCCUGUUCAGCAGAGGAACAGGAGGAAUGCCUGAGACAUGCCUACAGACAGCAAAUAGUAUAUGGCACAGUUGGAGUCUUUGCAGCAGACAUACUUAAACAAGAAUUUGAGAAGAGGACUGUUCGCGAUAAAAGGCAGUUUGAGCUUGUAAUAGUGGAUGAAGUGGACUACAUGACAUUGGACAAUGGAGUUCAAGUGACAUUCUUGUCUCAUGAAUCUAGUGGAUUUAGGCAUGUAGAGCAAAUCCUUUCCAACAUAUGGGCCAUGAUAUCUACAUGUCAACCAGUAGAAAUGCUUGAAGCAGGGGAGAUCAAAUGGGCGACCAGGAUACAGUACCUUCAUAAAGCUGUAACGGCAGCCGUUAUGGGACUGGAAACAUCAGAAAACUUCUCAGCAAUUGAGAUCUUGUUGCCUGGAGUGACUUUGGGCUUCUACACCCAGGAGGAUGUUGAAAUGAUACAUCAAGCUGAGAGCAAAAAAGAAAAUAAAGACGAUUUGAAUGAGGAUCCAAUGUCCAAAGCUUUUUCUGAGAUCAUGAAGAAACUUGGAGUUUCACAACAAUAUGAUCUUCUGACUAUAUUUGAGGAGGUUUUGGAGAACAGUGUGGUGUUUAAGUGCUAUUCUUUAGAAAACAAAAAAGCCAAACGUUUUGACAAUCGGGAAAAACAAGGUGAACUUCAUGUGGAAGUGCUACUGCUGGAAGGAGGACUGGCAUGCGAAAUCAUGUCUGAGAAAUCGCUCAUUGAUGCCACUGUAAGCACAAUUAAGUCAUCUAUCAGAUACUCAGAUAACCUCCAAACAGUUCAAAAAUCCGACAGCUUCAUUGUCAUCCCUGUUUUCUUGAAAAACUACGUUGAGAGUCAGUUACCAGUUUUGGUUGAGAAUGCAUUAAAGGCCAUUGAGAUGUCACAGGGCCGAGAAUACAUGAUCGACACCUCACCAGCCGCUGAACGAGACGCUGCUGACAGUCAUGACAGACAAUACGAUGCUAUAAUUCCAGUAGACUUCAAAGCGAGUGGCGUGCUGGAGAAAAACAAGAAGUGGGGUAACGGUCUGCAACAAUUUUUGGAGUUCAAGCACCAACUUACGAUUUCGCCGAUAUCCAACGUGACAAACUACAUGUCAAAUUUCCAUUAUUUCCAAAGGUACCUCAGUGGAAGUGGUAUAUUUGGUGUCUCUGGCACAUUAGGAGGUAAAGCAGAUUGGGACUUUCUGGAAAAACAUUACAAAGCAAAGAGCUACACUGUACCGGCACAUCGCCAUAAAAGGGUGACGGAGCUUCCGGUCAUCCAGGUGAAAGGAGGGAAUCACCAAUGGAUCCAGACUAUUUGUGAAACUUCAUGGAAAGUAGCAGAUAGAGGACAAGUUGUAUUGGUAAUUUGUGAAGAUGUUAAAACAGCAGAUGAACUGCACAAGAAAAUACAAUAUGGAUGCAGAUUAAAGCCAGAACAGAUUACUCUGUACACAAUAAGCGAAAAGCACAACAUUGAAAGACAGAAUUUCUGUGCAGGCAGAAUCAUCAUUGCUACAAAUCUUGGUGGACGAGGAACAGACAUAAAGGUUGAUGAAAGCGUGAACAAAUGCGGGGGUCUUUUUGUUCUUCUUACUCACUUUUCACCCAACCGAAGAGUCGAGAAACAAAUAUUUGGUCGCACGUCUCGUAAAGGCAACCCCGGGAUGGUUCAGAUGAUUGUGAACUGUGAUCAUCUUGCACCAGCUUACCAAGGUCAGUCUGUGGAAAUCAUGCGCCAGCUGAGAGAGGAUUAUGAAACAAAACGAAUCUGCGACAUGGAAACUGACGAGCUGGUUGAAAUAAACCUAAAGGAAAAUCUGUUCUCCACAUUUUGCAGAUUACUACAAGAAUUUGAUGGGCAUUACACACAGGAAGAAAAAUUGAACCCCAUGGAACUGCAGCUCAGUAAAAUUCCUGAGUGCUUCACACGUUAUCAGUCUAAGUUUGACUAUCAGCCUGCCGUCAAUGCUUUGAAAGAGUCUUGGGCCUUGUGGUUGACCCUUCAUGAGGAUCACAUCAACAGACAUGAUGACUUCAAAGAACUUGAAGCAGACCUUAUCAAGACAAUAAAUAAAACAAGUGAAAAGCUGCUGCGAGGAGAAUGCGAUAACUUCUACGAUCACGUCAGACAGGCGAUUGUAAGAACUGAUCUACACUGCAGAAACAAAUCCAGCAUCAAUAAUGGAGCGAAAUCCUAUUGGCAAAAAGUUGUGGACUUUGACCCGCACUUCAAGGCUGUGGCACUCUAUAACCAGGCAUUCAUCACCAUCAAUCUUGGUAAGGGGAACUAUAAAGCAGACGCUAUGAAACUGCUGGAAGACGCAAAGACAUCCAUUGAUGUUUACAUCUCAGAAGUCUCAAACACAAUGGUGUCAUGUAACCUAUCGGUUACUGGUAACAAAGAUCAGAACUCGAAAAACAACAACUUUCAGAGUCAAAUGCAGGCUAGAAUGAACAUCUUUGAGUCUUGGAUUAAGUACAUUGAUAAUGCACUGAAUAAACUGAAAGAGCUGGAGAAAAGCAAUGAUGAUGCCAUUACUGAGGACUGUUCGGUUUACAUGCUGUCUGAAGAAAAGAACUUCAUAGUCAACAAUGAGCUGAGAUCGCUGUACGACUAUGGACUUGGAGUUGUUUUCGAGGUCAAAAAGAAACCCAAGUUCUGCAUUGAUGCUUUGAUAUGUUUCAUACUCGGAGCGGUGCAAGUUUUUGCUGGAGCUCUUAUUUGUGCUCUGACACUUGGAGCAGCCAGUCAGUUUGGAAUGGGUCUGAUUGGAGAAGGGGUGUCGGACAUGAUCAGUGGAAUAGAAGGGAUGAUAAACGGCACAUUCAGUUGGGCUUCAUGGGCAAUAUCUAAGAGUAUCAGCAUUGGGCUUGCUUUGUUAACGGCUGGCUUUAGUGCUUUCAAGAAAGCAGUUACUGGCGUAUUUAAAGCGACAAAAAGCAUCCUCAAUGGUACGAAGUCUUUCUCUACUGUUGCAUCUGAAUUCAUCAAAUCAGGAAGGGCAGCAUUUGCCUCGGUAAAAGAAACUGCUAAGUCCAGUUUAUCAGCCCUCAGUAAAGAAUCUUUUAAAACUGCGAUGAAAAACAUGUCUUCUUCUACAGUGGUCAAACAGAACUUAAAAGUUGUUGCUAAUUAUGCUGUUAAAGAAAUCGGGAAACAGUCUAUCAUCGCUGCUAUGAACUACGCGAUCGAUGCGGCACUUCUGGAAGUCUUUAAGAAUAUUUUACGAAGAAGCUUUGAAGAUGUGGUCACUUCAUCUGUGAAGCAGAACAGCAAACUGGAUCAGACUCUUGAAGAGUUCAUCAGCUCAGGCAUUCCGAAAGCUGCCUUGGAAAAAGAGAAUUAUAAGAUUGACCCGAAAUAUGAGGAGGAAUUAAAAAAAUCUGUUGGGGUGUUGUGUGAAAAGAUAAUUCCUGAGCUCAUACUGGACUGUACCACAGCACAGAAGGUUAUCAGCAGGCUCUCAAAGGUGUGUAAAGAAUCAACAGAGCUUAUGAAUAAAGCCAAACUAUCUGGUGUACUUGAAACAGCAAAGCUGGUUCUGAAAGUAUCCGAGUACUCUGUAAAUCUCACUCAAAUGUUGGGCGCUGUACCAACAAAGGAGAUCAUGGAUAGUAAUUUUUUCCCUGAAUUCCUGGAGAGCAUCAAUAAGCUUCAGAAUGAACUGGCAAAGUAUGACCGAGAUGGACGACACAAUUUACGCGACGUACAACGCCUUAAAACAGAACUUCUACAGGAUAUCUCUAAGAAUGUUUCUGAGCAAUUCAUCAGUUCUUGUUCUGAGCAUAUGAGGGCUUUAAUGACCAACAGAUUAGAAACUCAGGUAAACAGUGCAGCAGGACAGGCUGUAAAUCGUGUCAUGAGCAGAAAUAAAACUCACCGUUUCUUCGAUGACCAAAGGGAAAAACACAACAAGAAAUCCACGAGCCACAAGGAAUUAAAAUGUCUGUUAGGUGUGGACCAAACAAAGCUAUAUACAAAGUAUACAGAAGAUAUUUGCAAAGCUGAUCAGCCUGCUACACCCCUCGAUAUGUACGUGCUCACAAAAAGUAACCUGCUGGGUGGAAAAGGAAUUCAACUGACUGUCGUUGAUAGAAAUGGAAAACAGCUCACUGAGGAGCGUUACCCGGGAACCACCAAAUCAGCGGGCGAUAUAAAACUGAGAUUAACCAAAUCUGCAGAAGCCACAGAUCCAUCACAAGCCAGUGCAAAGCUGUACAGCGGCCAUUUUGGUAUUAUACAGGACGACGGCAUAAUAAUCAGCGUCAAAUCGGAUCAUCAGAACGCUCUUUAUCAAGCUGUAGUGCAAGCAACUGGCAGCACUGCUGAAGAGCCAGAGAAGGAAGCUUUGGUAUUACGUGACAAAGUGAAAAAUGAGAUCCAGACAAACCUUGAAUUGUACACACCCAUGCUUGCGCUUCAGAUAGGAUACGAAAACCCCAGAAAAUACAACAUAACUGGAGGAAAUAAGGAGACAAACACUUCACUGCAGGAAUACUUGCAGAGCGUUAAAUUGAUCAAAAGUGAAGAACGUAUCCUCAUCAAAAUGUACCAUCUGGGAUUUGUUGGUGAAUAUACAAGUGUCCAAAAUGCUCGAAAGUCCAGUAAGAACGCUACUGGGACAUUUACCACGAGCCAUAUACCACCGAAGGACUCCUUCAGACUAGCUCAGAUGUCCAUAGAAAACUCAGCAAACGAGUUUAAAAAUAAAAGUCCAGAGCUUUAUAAACUUAUCAGCAGCAUAAAAACGGACAGUAAUGGACAGAACCUGGUUGCCAUGGAGGUUCUAGGACAAGAUCACAGACGAGCUUUAACCACAGGCCCGAGCAACCGGUCACAGAUGGCCAGGAAACUUUUAGCAGACACCCUGAUCAGUGGAGAUGUGGAGCUUCUGCUAAAACGCUGCAUGAUUCUGCAUCACCCGCUUACUUCAGAAAAGCUUAAAUGCGCUUUAGGUGAAAGCAUUCUGUCCCAGUGUCAGAUUUUGUCGGAUGAUGGUAUCCGAGGCUACUACAAAGCAGGGUACAGAAACCUGGUGUCCGAGUACAGCCGCAUGGGAAUCCUGGAUCAGAACCAGCGUGAGCGUCUGGAUGAGUGGGUGACUCAGGAUCAACACGAGGACGUAAACACUGCGGAGUACAGCCAGCUUCUGGAAGCAUUAAAGUGAAAAUGUCUAGUGUUAAAAAACACGUUCUCUUGAUUAAAUGAUGUUGAUGAAGAUAAUCGCUUUUAAAUGUAAAAAAUAUUAAUUACUGCAAUUGAAUUAGUAUGCAAACAAAUCACAUUAGCAAGUAAAGAUGUCGUCUUGUGUUGGUAGAUUAUUUCAGUAAUUUUAAGCAUUCAUGUCUUAAAAAAAAAAAUAAUGAUAAAAAGAUCAUUUUAAACUCAGUAUUAGUAAAAUAUCUAGAAUUACUCUGUUUUGUAAAAACAAUACAAUACACUCACACUAAAAAUAUAAGUGCUAAAACAGUUGGCAGCGAAGAACCAAUUUUGGUUCCUCAAAGACCUUUUCAGAUCAAAUGUUGUAAAAAUAACCUUUUUUACUUUUUUAAAGUCUAUAGAAACUUUUUCCACUACUAUGAACCUUUGUUAAGUGUAAGACUUAUGGAACCAUACACAAAUAUGGAAUUAGUUAAAAUGUAAAGGUCACACUUUGUCUAUGGCCUCCCAUAUUUGACGUAGUUAAGACAGUACUUUCUUUGAAGUAACAAAACCUGCUUAUCUGAAUGCUUGUGUGUUAAAUCAGUCUGAUUUUUUUAAUUUACUUAGAUGUUUUUACUGUAUACUAACUGUUUACUUCAAGGUACAUUCAGUAAUUCUUAGAAAAAAAUACUUGGAUUUACAUUUACACCCGAGAUCAGGGUUGUCACAUUAGAUUAAGCAGUACUAAAUUGAGUUGUUGUUGUUGUUAGAAUCAGUAUAUUUUUUGAUAAAAUGACACAUACAUUUAAAUGUUUUGUUACUAAUCUACAUUAUGCUGGUGAAUGAGUUUAUACUUGUAAUUGAUCUCAUUUUGGCCAUUAAAAUUUUAAUAUUUCA